AUGGAACAUUCUUACGCCUCAAUCUGGGAUAUCCCGGCUACUGAUAUCAAUGGCACUUAAUACGCCAAAUUAGGUGAUAAGUUUGGGGAUGUCAAGCCUAAACUAUCACUAGUUGUCAACGUAGCUUCAAGAUGCGGUUUGACAGAUUCUCAUUAUUCUUAACUUACCUAGAUCCACUAAAAAUACAAGCCUUAAGGCUUUGAAGUUAUGGCUUUUCCAUGUAAUUAAUUUGGGAGUCAAGAGCCUGGAACAAACAAGUAAAUCCUUGAUUUCGUUUGCAAUAAGUAUGGCUCUACCUUUCACAUGUUUGAUAAAGUCGAUGUUAAUGGAGAUAAUGCUCAUGACCUCUACAAAUAUCUUAAAAAGCAGACUAGGUUGGCUAGAAUUACUUGGAACUUUGGAAAAUUCUUGGUGAACUAAGAGGGCAAAGUUUUGGAUUAUGCAGAUCCACAAGUCUAACCAAAUGAACUCAUUCCAAAAAUUGAAAAAUAUCUUGCAAUUUGA